GGCCAUGGUUUGCCUGCGGAUGUCCCGUGUCCUGUCCCAGUCGGUGUUCCUGGUGCUCCUUCUCCUUCCCCAGGCGCAUCCUGCGGGUGUCUUCGAGCUGCAGAUCCAUUCUUUCGGGCCAGGCCCGGGCCCAGGGCUCCCGCGGUCCCCCUGCAGUGCUAGGGGCUCCUGCCGAGAUAUGUUACUGCCCUUUGUGCACGAAGACCCUCCUGCCGUGGGGGCUGCUUGUGCGCGCCUGUGUCGUUCGCGUAGCGCCCCCUCGCGGUGCGGUCCGGGACUACGACCCUGCGCGCCGUUCGAAGACCAGUGCGAGGACCAGCCCAUAUGCUUAGCAGGCUGCAGCCCCGAGCACGGCUUCUGUGAGCAGCCCGAUGAGUGCCAGUGCCUGGAGGGCUGGACUGGGCCCCUCUGCACUGUUCCUGUCUCAACCAGCAGCUGCCUUGGACCCCGGGGCCCACCCUCUGUUACCGAUGGAUGCCUCGCACCUGGGCCUGGACCUUGUGACGGGAACCCGUGUGCCAACGGGGGCAGCUGCAGUGAGACGCCCAGCUCCUUUGAGUGCGCCUGUCCCCAGGGCUUCUAUGGGUUACGGUGUGAGGUGAGCGGUGUGACCUGUGCCGACGGACCUUGCUUCAAUGGCGGCUUGUGUGUUGGGGGCGCCGAUCCGGACUCUGCCUACAUCUGCCACUGCCCACCCGGCUUCCAAGGCUCCAACUGUGAGAAGAGGGUAGACCGGUGCAGCCUGCAGCCCUGUCAGAAUGGCGGGCUUUGCCUGGACCUGGGCCACGCGCUGCGCUGCCGCUACAUGGGCGCGCGAUGCGAAUUCCCGGUUCACCCCAACGGCGCAGACGACGGCGCAGGCGCGUUGCCUGCGGCCUCCUCGGACCUCAGGCAGGCGGAUCCCCAGCGCUUCCUUCUGCCGCCGGCUUUGGCACUACUGGUGGCCGCGGGCCUGGCUGGCGUCGUGCUCUUGAUGAUCCACCUGCGCCGUGGCCCUGGCCGGGAUACUGGUUCUCGCUUGCUGGCGGGGACCCCGGAGCCGUCAGUUCACGCGCUCCCUGAUGCACUCAACAACCUGAGGACGCAGGAGGGCUCCGGGGAUAGCCCGAGCUCGACAGGAGAUUGGAGUCGCCCGGAAGAUGGAGACUCUCGAACAAUUUACGUCAUAUCAUCUCCUUCCAUCUAGGCUCGGGAGGCCUGACCGGUGCUUUCUCAGCGCCUGGAAACAGAGCCUGGAUUUCUAUUGUUCAGCGGUGCCCAGUCUCAGCCCCAGACACCCGAGUGUCCGCUGCAGGGGUGGCCGGGAGAACUUUACUGCUGGAAGUUGUACAUAACGGUUAUUUAUAUCCUAUUUUAUAUCUCAUCUCACCAGAAAUGUCUUUAUAAAGGCUCUUAUUUUGAACAAAUAUAUCAGGCUUAGUGCUCUGUAUUUGGUAUUAGGAUUGAGAGGAAGAGAAUUGUUCUGAGGAGGGUAUAGACGGGAUUCUUUAUAUUGCAGGAAUCAGAAACCAUUUGAUGUUUUGGUCUAAACAAAAAGAGAAUUUAAGGCCAAGUAUGGCGGCACAUGUCUGUAAU